CGAGAGGGAAGCUUGUUAAGAGCCAAACAUGAAGGGGGGGAAGCCUACAGGAAAUGAGCUCUCCAUCCUGCAGUUAAAUCUGACCUCUUGGCUCACGAUCAAAUGUUCUUCCAUCCAAAUACCAUAGCGUCUCUGUCCUGGGCACGGGCUGAGGGAGGGACAGAGGGAAAAGAGGGAGGGAGAGUGGGCACUUCCCCAGCCGUCUGUCUACGAUUUACAGAUAUACAGGGAGGGAGAGAGAGCGAGUCCUCGAAACCACCUCCUGCUUCACACAGAGAGAACAACACGUCCCCCUCUGCCACCAACAUCCACAUACUCCUACUGAUGCCGUGAGAUGGAUCUAAAACGUCUGAUGUGCCAUGUCCAGCAUUCCUCAGACACACAGAUGUCUCUUCUUCACUCCCACUCCUUCACUCGAGGGCAAUGAGGUGAAAAAAACCAGGGACCUAUUAAUAGCUGGAUGCCGGACAAAGCUGAUGGACAGUGCUGAAGUGAAACUCUUGUCCAGCAUGAUUUAAAUCCUGCCUUUACUUCUGUUCUUUCUUCUCUGAGCCUAAGCUUAGACUUCAGUGGAAUACUUCCAGCUCUGGUUUAGGGUGGAAACAGCCUUUCCUAUUUGACGGUGCAGUUUUUUUCCCCCCUUGCUCACGUAAUUGCUUGCGUAUUAGCACUAAUUGGAGGUAGGAGGUUAUUGGAACUUACUGGAUCAGCCCACGAUGGAAUGGAGCGUGUGGGGUGCAGGAGCUGAGGAGACCUCCCUGUGCCUGGCUGACGAGUUCUGGAGACCUUAUUUCGCCUCAGCUCCACUCUUAGACCUUCAUGUACGACAAGAGAGGCUAGCGUAUUCAGACUCGGCUCAGCUUCUCUAACAUAUUAAACCUCAGCACAGCUUCUACGGAUCUUCAUGCUCUCUAGUUCGAUUGAUUUCCUUUUAGGAUGCGGCGCUUUGCCAAGCUCAAAAAAACCUUCCCGUUUCUUGCACAUUUCCAUGUGUACAAAAAGCUUGGCAGCGGUAUGCAGUGUGAAGAAGGCACUGAGUGGCUUCUGGAGCUGCUGAUGGAGGUGCAGCUGCAGCAGUAUUUCCUGCGCAUCCGCGACGACCUUAACGUCACGCGCCUGUCUCACUUCGACUACGUCAAGAACGAAGACCUCGAGAAGAUCGGCAUGGGCCGGCCCGGACAGAGACGGCUGUGGGAGGCGGUGAAGAGGAGAAAAGCGAUGUGCAAACGCAAGUCUUGGAUGAGUAAGGUGUUCAGCGGGAAGAGGCCAGACGGAGAUUUCCAGCCGCAGGCGACCAGCACUUUCCGGAAGCUUUCGAGCACUCCUCCGCCUGUGGACGGUCAGCAGCAGGCGCUCACCUGCCUGAUCAGUGAGAAGGAGCUGGUGCUGUGCGAGAAGCUCGGAGAUGGAUCGUUCGGCGUGGUGAAGCGUGGAGAGUGGGUCACCCCAGGGGGAAAAGUGUUAAACGUAGCAGUAAAAUGUCUAAAGACGGACGUCCUGAAUCAGCCGGACGCUCUGGACGACUUCAUCCGCGAGGUCAACGCCAUGCACUCGCUCGACCACCAGAACCUCAUCCGCCUCUACGGAGUCGUCCUCACUCACCCCAUGAAGAUGGUGACGGAGCUGGCUCCUCUUGGCUCUUUGCUGGAUCGCUUGCGGAAGACCCAGGGCCACUUCCUCAUCUCUACACUGUGCCAAUACGCCAUCCAGAUCGCUAACGGUAUGGCCUACCUGGAGACCAGGCGCUUCAUCCACCGCGACCUAGCUGCCCGCAACAUUCUGUUGGCCUCAAACGACCUCGUCAAGAUCGGGGACUUCGGCCUGAUGAGGGCGCUGCCCAACAACGACGAUCAUUACGUCAUGCAGGAGCACCGCAAGGUCCCUUUUGCCUGGUGUGCCCCAGAGAGCCUGAAGACACGCACCUUUUCCCAUGCCACGGACACAUGGAUGUUCGGGGUGACCCUGUGGGAGAUGUGCACCUACGGUCAGGAGCCGUGGCUCGGCCUCAACGGCAGUCAGAUCCUCCAUAAGAUAGACAAGGAAGGUGAGAGGCUUCCAAAGCCCGAGGACUGUCCCCAGGACAUCUAUAAUGUCAUUCUGCAGUGCUGGGCGCAGAAACCCGACGACAGGCCUACAUUCGUGGCUCUAAGGGAGUUCCUGGUGGAGACCAUGCCAACGGACAUGAGGGCGCUGCAGGACUUCGACGAGCCUGACAAACUGCACAUCCAGAUCAACGACGUCAUCACCAUCAUCGAGGGCAGGGCGGAGAAUUAUUGGUGGCGAGGGCAAAACAAGCGCACGCUGAAGGUGGGGCAGUUCCCCAGGAACACAGUUACCUCCGUAGCCGGACUGUCGGCUCAUGACAUCAGCCGGCCACUGAAGAACAGCUUCAUCCACACGGGCCAUGGAGACACCAAUCCUCACCGCUGCUGGGGCUUUCCAGAUCGGAUCGACGAUCUGUAUCUGGGAAACCCCAUGGACCCUCCGGAUGUCCUCGGGCUGGAUCUGAAUGCUCCCAGGCCCACGCAGCUUCCUGGGCGAGCCAAAAAGCCGAACUAUGACCCAGUUACCGAGGAUGAUGACCUGACGUCCUCCGGCCUGAGGCGCCUCUCGUUAAAAAAGCCCACCACAAAGGGCCUGAAACUGAAGCCAUCAGCUUGGGUUUCAGCCACAAAGCUGAGCGAUCGUUCUGUUUAUGGCCUCCGAACUCCAGGAGGUGGCACUCCCACUGAGGUCUCUCUUAUAGACUUUGGAGAGGAAAUGUUCUCUUCUACGCCCUCUCCUGUUGUAGAGUCCCAGGUCCCUAGUCUCUCUAGACUGGCUCUGGAAGCAGAUAAUAUCUUGGACUGUACCCCACCCCAGAGUCCGUUCCGGUCUCUGCCUCGGCCGCUCCACCCCACCCCGGUGGUAGACUGGGACUCGAGACCUCUCCCUCCUCCUCCAUCGUAUGAUGACGUAGCUCAGGACGAAGAUGACAUCGAGGUGAGCUCAAUCAACAGCACAGAGAUAAGAGAGUCUGAUGAACCGUGUGCCCCUUACAUUCCUGCAUAUGAGGAUAAACUCCGGGUAGAGGAUGAUCUGUUCCUCCCCAGCAGACAGAGCCGGUCUCGCACCUUCUCGCAAUCGGCCGAGAUCUUCCAGGAGCUACAGCAGGAGUGCAUGAAGCGUCUGAACGUCCCUGUAGGCUCCAUAAGUCCUGAUCCCUACCGCCAGAUCUUCCUGUCCACCUGUGAGGACAAGCCCCAGGUCCCACCUCGAGUCCCGAUUCCACCUCGACCUCCAAAAAGCACAGGAAGCGACUGUGCCCGCUGGUCACGUGACCUCUCUCCUGCCUCGUGCGGCGAGGACGAAAAGGAGCGUCCACCUCAGAUCCCUCCGAGGGAUCCGCUGUCUCAACCGGGCUCUCGUACGCCCAGCCCCAUGAACCGUACCACACACUACCUCUCAACCUCACCGGGCAAAUUGAUGCCCACUACACAGAGCUUUGCCUCUGACCCUAAAUACGCUGCACCCAAAGUCAUCCAAGCCCAGGGCAAAGACAAGGAAGCAGCCAAAGGACCCUGCAUACUGCCCAUCGUCCGAGACGGCAAGAAAGUGAGCAACACGCACUAUUACCUGCUGCCUGAGAGGCCCACGUACUUGGACCGCUACGACAAAUUCUUCAAAGAGGCUGAAGAGGAAGAGAGAAGGCCAAUCAACACAGCGACAGUCAGACCCAUGAUGCAACAGCAGGGAGACACAAAAUCAAACUUUUCCUGCAAUAAUAACAGCAGUCUUCCAGCCAGAGCAGGCAUCAGGAACUCCCUGAGUCUAAUCAAAGUGAGCACCGAAGGGUCGGGCAGCAGGGUGGAAGGAGCGGCUAAUCCUGAAAGAGUUAAACUGCUUCAGGUGCAGGAGGCGGUGCAUGGAGUGACGAUUGAGGAGUGUCAGACGGCGCUGCAGAACCAUAGCUGGAACGUGCAGAAGGCUGUGCACUAUCUGAAGGUAGAGCAGCUCUUCUGUCUGGGUCUGAAGUCCAGGGUGGAGUGUCACAAGAUCCUGGAGAUGUGUGACUGGAACCUGGAGCUGGCCAGCACUCAGAUUUUAGACUCUUACGGCUCAGUCAAACAGAGGAGAUGAAGAAACUCCACAGACGAGCACGUCUUCAUCUUCGUUCUCGUCCUCAAACCAUCAGAGACUGGACAGGGUAUCUAGAAAUACACUAGGAACCAUGAACGAGCCCCACCCCCCCACCCCGCCCCCCUCCGUGCGCGUCUUCCUCCAGAAGCCCUUCUCAAGGUGCACUUCUUCAGAGUUCAGAGGUCAAACGUCCACUGAGUUUUAUUUGCUCUCUGUCUUGAACAGAAGAAAAGGUUGAAACCAAAGUGCUGCUGGUCCGUUCAAAAUGUUUUUUGUUUUUUUUAUAUAUAUAUAUUUUAUACAGAGAUUUAUUUGAUAAAUAAUAAAAGGAGACUAUUAGAUGGGAACUCGGAGAGAGAGUGUAAAAGUAAUGUAUAUAUUUUCAGAGUUUAUAUGUUGUUGUUUUUUUUUUAAUGUACCUUUAUUUCACUUGACUGCAACAAGUUUAUUGAAAUGGUUUGUGUUGUGUUCUGUCCUUCUUUAUUUUUAUUUGUCCCCACUGUUCCUUACAUAUAGAUAUAAUAUACAUUCUCCCUAUUUUCCCUGACCCUGUGUUUACACUAGCUAGAGACCAGAAGUUCCCUACUUCCUUCAAAUUGCAUCAGAUUUCCAACAAUGAUUCAAAUUAUCUGUGACGUCGAAUGCAGUUUCCUUGAAUAAGACGUUCUUCUCGUACCUUUUACCCCUAAUCGCUGCUCUCUGAUGUCAUCAGUGACUCCUCCCACUCCUGAACACUCCCUGCGGUUGUAUAUCUCAGCGCUCUGAAUAGUUUGUUACAGUUCAUAAAUAUGACAUUUAUUAAAGCAGCUAGCUAAUUUCUGCCUAGCUAGCUUCUCCUAGAUACUACUUCAGUGCGAGUGCUGUUGAGAUACACUGAUGUCAACACUUGGAAGUGAUUGGUUGAUGUGAAUGCUGUGACAUGUCCUUCAUUAGUGUGUAAACACAGGGUUAAACUGAAAGGGUAAACAGACAGCUCACACUUCCUCCAUGUGCCUCCGUGUGCUUUACCGUACACCUCCAGGUCUCCAGACCGAACAGCACUAGUGAGAGAGUGGAGAUGUUUAAAAUGCUACAGCUGACCGUUCCAUGGACAGCGCAUUCACACCGCACAGAACUCAAGUACUUUAAUAUGGUGCAGUUUUCAGAAGCACAAUCCAGUGGCCUUAAAGGAAUACUCCAGCGUUUUUCAGCCGUAUAGAAGAACUGAGGGCAUGAAGCCUUUAUUAUUGCCACACAUACAUUACAGCGGAAUUCUUUUCUUUACAUAUCCCAGCUGAGGUCAGAGGGCAGGGGCAGCUUAUGAUACAGUGCCCCUGGAGCAGAGAGGGUUAAGGGCCUUGCUCAACAGUGGAGCUUGGUGGUGCUGGGGCUUGGACCCUGAUCCUCCAAUCAACAACCCAGAGCCUUAACCACUUGAGCCACCACUGCCCUUAUCUGUAGUGUGUGCGUGUGCGAUUAGAACCGACACGGAUCCUUCAUGUGUUCACCUGAAAACUUGAUAAAAUCUUAUAAUUAUAUAAUUAAGUAUAAUUAAGUGACAGCUGUUAAAUAGCGUCAACACGCUUUAUAUGAAAUGAUGUGAACUAAGCUGCAGUUACAUUACAUUUUAACUCGUGCGUUCUUAUCGAGCCUUAUCCAUUUUGUCGGUAGAAACGACUCGAGACUCUUUUACGCUACAGACGUGAUAGAUAAAGGCGAGGUCGGAAAACACUGGUGGAGUAUUCCUUUAAUUCAGAACUGAAAUCUACAUGCUGUUACACCGUGAUCGUUUGCACUCACUUCCUUUAGGUUGCUUUCACACAUUUAUUUCCCCUUAUUUCUUGUUUUAAAUUACCAGCAGAUGUAUUAAACGUAACCUGAUGGUUAUAACGGUUGCUUUUAAACGCACAGCGGAGCCUCCAGAUAUUUUGAAGAGUGAUGCUAAGCACUUUUUGUUUUCUGACAUCACAAGAUGGAAAAUAUGUCUGGAGUUCAAGCAAGCAACAAGCAAAUCCUCAUCUCCAGAGCUACACCGAUCUUGCGUUAUUGAUGAUAUCCAAGCUAAUCUAACCAGUGCUGAUACUUGGCUCUUAGGACUGCUCAUGGAUACAGCCUGUAUGUGUACAUGUAUCAUGUUGUUUAAAGUAUUUCCCUCCCUGUAGACAGGAAUCUGGCACCCUGAGAUGCUCUUCUAGGUCCCUCCCAGGUAUUUUCCCACCGGCUUUACGGUAAUAAUCGCUUGGACCUAGCUGAAGCAUACCAUACAAUCGAGCCGAUAAAGCAAUCUCGCAGGCAUUGUGCAGACGACUCCUUCAGUCUUGGACUCGUUUCUUUCCCCUGACAGCGUGCAUUGUGUCGGUAUCCAGUCCUGAAUAAUCAAAGUAGACACCCUGAUCAAACACAUUAUUAUCAUUAGCCUCCAUUAUGCUGUAUGUUAAUGAGACUGAAAUGACCUUGAGGUGUUGUUUUCUCACGCCGUUCUCCCGCUCCAGCUUCAUCGUGUUUGCUCUUCCUGUAUUUUACUGUCUUUAAAUUCUGUCAAAGGUAUGUCCAUGCAGAUAUCAACUUUAUAUACAUUAUAUAUAUAUAUAUAUAUAUAUAUAUAAAUACAUAUUUUUUAUUAAAAAUUAACGAUUUUUAUCUUUUUCUAUAA